AUGCCUGCCAUGGCCAUCGUCGAAUCCGGUGGCGGCGGCGCGCACGACUUCCCUGCCAAGCUCACGUCGCAGGUGGUCGUUUGUACCAUUAUUGCCGCCUUCGGUGGCCUCAUGUUCGGAUACGAUAUUGGCAUAUCCGGAGGAGUGACUUCGAUGGAUGAUUUCUUGAUAAAGUUCUUUCCUGCUGUGUACCAUAAGAAGCACCAAGCGAAAGAAAACAACUACUGCAAAUACGACAACCAGUAUCUCCAGCUCUUCACGUCAUCACUCUAUCUUGCAGCCAUUGUGGCUUCUUUUUUAGCCUCUAUUUCUUGCAAGAAGUUUGGCCGAAGGCCAACCAUUCAAGCCGCGUCUGUAUUCUUUGUUACUGGAGCCAUCUUAAACACUGCUGCCAAGAACAUCGAAAUGCUCAUCGUAGGAAGGAUGUUUCUCGGCGCCGGAGUUGGAUUUGGUAACCAGGCAGUACCGUUGUUCAUAUCAGAAAUCGCUCCGGCCAGGUACCGGGGAGGCCUGAAUAUCUGCUUUCAGUUUCUGAUCACGAUGGGCAUUCUAUGCGCAAAUGUGGUUAAUUACAUCACUUCGCGCAUGCACCCAUACGGGUGGAGGGUGUCACUCGGCGGCGCAGCCGUGCCCGCCAUAAUCCUUCUCUUCGGAUCCUGCGUCAUCGUGGAGACGCCGACGAGCCUCAUAGAGCGCGGGAACAAAGACGAAGGCCUGCUCACUCUCAAGAAGAUCAGAGGCGUCGACAACGUCAACAAAGAGUUUGAAGAGCUAGUGCACUCCACUGAAUUGGCUAAACAAGCCAAGCACUCGUACAGAAAUCUCAUGAAACGCUCCAGCAGGCCGCAGCUUAUAUGCGGCACCAUUCUUCAAGCCUUUCAGCAGCUCACCGGCAUCAAUGUGAUCAUGUUUUAUGCGCCGGUGCUCUUUCAGACAAUGGGGUUCGGAGGCAAUGCGUCGCUGUUAUCGGCUGUUGUUACUGGUUUGGUUAAUGCUGUAUCCACUCUAGUUGCAAUUUUCACAGUUGAUAAGUUCGGAAGAAGGAAGCUGCUUAUUGAAGCUGCUAUUCAAAUGCUCAUAGCCCAGUCUAUAAUGGGGGCAAUACUUCAGGUGCAUUUGACAGCUACAAACGCUAUGCCAAGUAAAUAUGCAUUGAUUGUGGUGGUUCUGGUUUGCCUUUUCGUGUCUGGUUUUGCAUGGUCAUGGGGUCCCUUGGGGUGGUUGAUUCCCAGUGAAAUUUUCCCCUUGGAGUCUCGAAGUGCUGGAUUUUUCUUUGCUGUUAGCAUGAACAUGUUUUGCACCUUCCUCAUUGCUCAAGCAUUCCUCACAAUGCUAUGCCGGAUGAAGUCCGGCAUCUUCUUCUUCUUUGCUGCAUGGAUUGUUGUAAUGGGUUUAUUCGCCAUCUUCAUGCUGCCUGAAACAAAGGGGGUUCAUAUUGAUGAAAUGAACGAGAAAGUAUGGAAGAAGCAUUGGUUCUGGAAGAGGUACUUUGAUGAUGGUGCUAAGGAAGACCAGGAUAUCAACGCUGUUCAACCAGAUAAAUAG